CGCACGGUGCAACCCGAUCCGAGAGGAGAGAAGAAAACCGUCCUCGAGCUCUGCUGCUGUGACAAACCACCUGUGGUUCCGACUCCUACCUGUGACCUCCAAAGUCUUCUCAAAAUGGCCGUGAUGCUGAAGCCGUGGACGGUGCUGGUGGCCGUGGUGCUGUGUGUGCUGGUGUGUCUGGGAACACUGGCGGAUGCCUACCCCCCCAAACCUGAGAACCCCGGUGAAGAUGCCCCACCCGAAGAGCUGGCCAAGUACUACACCGCCCUGAGGCACUACAUCAAUCUGAUCACCAGGCAGAGGUAUGGGAAGCGUUCAGCUCAGGAGGACGUGGUUGCAGAGCUGCUGUUCGGUGGCGACAGCAACAGAGACCAGAGAUCAAGAUACGACGACUCCUACAUGUGGUGACUCCGCCAUCCCGCUCCCUCCUCAUCGGGCAUUCCCUCUGGGCGCAUCCCACAAUGCACCUGGAGGGGCCGACAUGUGCCUCUCACCUUCGAACCCUGAACACGACCCCCCAACCAAUGACCAUCGCUGACCGGAACACAAGCUCUCGCUGUCUCUCUUGUCACUGUCUCACAUCUCUCAUUACGACAAAAUUGUACAUAAUUUAUUAUUGAAAUAAAAUAUAUAUAUGAGAUCCGAGCUACUAAUCAGAAGGUGGAACUGUGUCUGUGUGUGUGUGAGCAUUAAUGU